UGUGAUUGGUUGCAGAGACCGCGAUUGGUGGCGGCCGGACCUCUCCGCCACUUCCUGGAGUCUCAUGUCCCCGUCGUCAAGACCGACUUCCGCCCAACGUUUUGGUGUGUCGGCGGGAGAAUUCAGACCAUCGUCCGGGUACUCCUCCUAUCCCGCCCCCGACCGGCCUACAGGAACGAGGUGAUCGGCACGGCGGACGGCGGUCAGAUAUCUCUGGACUGGAGUGACAACGAGGACAGCGCACAUUUCCCAGAAUCCUCCUCUCGCCCCACCGUCCUCCUAUUACCGGGACUCACCGGGAACAGCCGGCAGUCCUACAUCCUGCACCUCGUCCAGCAGGCCCGCAGAGACGGCUACAGGGGUGGUGAGGAGCUCCUGACUCAUCGGACGUUCUGUGCCGCCAACACUGAAGACCUGAGCCGGGUGGUGGAACAUGUCAGGAGCCGCUGGCCCGGGGCCCCUCUGCUGGCCGCGGGGGUCUCGCUGGGCGGGAUGGUCCUCCUGAAUUAUUUGGCCUCCAGUGGCUCCGGGUCUCCGCUCCGCGCUGCCUUAGUUUUCUCCACCCCCUGGGACGUCUUCGCAUCAACCGCCUCCCUGGAGAGGCCACUAAACUACUUCCUGUUCAACCGUCACCUGGCCUCCGGCCUGCGGAACACGGUGCUCCGGUUCCGGGACGCCAUCGGGAAGGUUCUGGAUGUGGAUCAUAUUAUACAGUCUCGUUCUAUCCGGGAGUUCGAUGAGCGAUAUACGGCCGUUGUCUUUGGUUACGGGUCAUGUGACGAGUAUUACCGCCAUGCCAGUCCGCACACCAAGCUGGGGGAGGUGAGGACGCCGGUGCUGUGCGUGAACGCGGAGGACGACCCCUUCUCCCCCCUCCCAGCCAUCCCGGUGACUGAGGCCUCGGCUAACCCCCACGUGGCGCUCCUGAUCACGGCUCAUGGUGGGCACAUCGGUUUCCUGGAGGGACUCUUCCCCAAUCACCAGCGUUACAUGGACCGCGUCUUCAGCCAGUUCUUGGGGGCCGCACUCAAUCACAGCCAGGAGCUGAGGAGAGACACAGCCGCCGAUCCCGCCUCCUGA